AUGUUGACAUCAUCCAGACUCCGCGCCAAAGACAUCGCCGUCGCAAGACAAGGCAUCUCUUCCAGGUGGGUGACACAUCUCAUUAUCGUUUGCAUUGGACUCACCCUGUGGGCAGUGCCACAGAUUACUUCGCAGGCCGAAGACUCGAAACCAGCCGUCACCACAACCGAGCCACUCGCUCCUCCACCCAAGCCAUCCAACCCAGCCGAGACCCCAGAUUAUUUUUCUGCGCUGCACAAUACCUCCAACGGCAUUGCGCAAGAGUUUAACCCAUUUGAGCAAUCAUUCGGCGCGCCUUCGUCGGAAACACCGGGCAAGAGUCUUCUACCUGGUGUAGCAGCCCUCACAUCACCAGCGAUUCCCGGCGCCAAUUCCGGAGGAGGCUACGGCUGGCAAGGUGGAUCAUUGCGGUCUGGGCCAUUGAGCCCUGCUAUGCUACCUGGUCCGCAGUCUGGCGACUACUUUGAUAGUAUUGGACGCGGCUUUCCUACCCCUAACGAGUCCUCGCUGAGGACUGGUCUGACCCCUGGCGGCGGCGGGUCUAUGUUCCCGGCCCCCAGUCCGAACUCUCAAGCUUUGUUCCAACAACUCCAGAGUGGUGGAGCCACUCCUGGUACACUCGACUUUCAUCGCACUGCUAUGAACGCAGCUGCGCGCAACAAGAACAAUCAAUACCCAAGCACAUCCAAUCCCCAAGAAACCACCACCAUGGAUGCUCAACACGAUGCUACUGACGCAGCCAAUGGCCUCUUCAUGCUCGCCAAAGGCGCCCAGGCCAAUGGGCAGUUCGCCGUUCCUAACCAGAGCGCUCAGCAAAUGCUGACCCGGAGUAGCGAGCGAAGGACGACGGGCUCGGCUGAAGGCAGCGCGAACGGUGAAGAUGGUGAGAGCCCCGAGGCUACUCCAUCUAACCGUCGUGGCAAGAAGACUACCACAAAGUCCGAGCAAGCCAACAAUCGACGAAAGUCGGAGGCUUCAACUAAAGGUAGCAACAAGCGAGCCAAGAACAACAACGGCACUGCCAAUGUUGAUCCGGCUUUAGACCCACAUCCGGACGAUGACGACGAGGGAGAUGAUGAUGAUGAUAUGGACGACGACCAAGACGGCGCUCAGCCUCAUGGCAAGGGAAAGAUGACUGACGAGGAGAAACGCCGGAACUUCCUCGAGCGAAAUCGCGUUGCUGCCUUGAAGUGCCGUCAACGGAAGAAGCAGUGGCUGGCUAACCUGCAAGCCAAGGUGGAGAUGUACUCUGCCGAGAAUGAAUCUCUCAACCAGCAAGUUGGACAACUACACGAGGAAAUCCGCAGCCUCCGCGCGUUACUCAUGAGCCACAAGGACUGCCCUGUCGGACAUGCUCAGGGCAUCGGCCAGUUCUUGAACGGUGUGCAGGAUCCCAAUCAAUUCAACGUCCACGCCAACCCAUACGGCAUGGCCAACAUGCAAAAUGGUGCUAUGCAGGCGGCCAUGCAGCGCUCGUAG